AUGGUCCUUUCGAGCCGCGCCAGUAUCCGCUCUUCGCGCUCGCGCAAGUCCGAGUUUGAGUAUGGCUCCGAGUUUGGAGACGACGACUACUCGGUCGACGAUGACGAGUCAACCGGAGCCGACUUUGACGACCUCGGCCGCCGCCCGUCCGGCAUAAGCCAGACCUCGUCCGUCUCCGCCGACUCGUACCUCGAGUCCGCGAGCCGCGCCAUGUCCAAGUUGCAAGACCUCCACUCGAUGCCCGACUCGAGCUGGAAGAAGGCCCUGACGCAGAAGAAGACGGGCUGCGUCGUCUAUAUCACCAAGGAGAAGAGCUAUGUCUCCCAGGGACGCAGCGAGAAGAAGGGCUUUUAUGCGCCCGUCUUCAAGGGCGUCCUCGACAUCUCGGGUUUCGCCCCGACCGCUGUCUUUGCUGUCAUGGGCACUCGCAAGCUUUGGGAUGACUGGUACAAGGAGGGCUCGCUCGUCGAGAACCUUUCCGACGACUCGUCGCUCACCUACAUGUGCAUGAAAGGCAUCGCCGGAUCCUCCACCCGCGACCUCUCCCUCGUCGAAAAAGUCCAAGGCUCGCCCACCGGCACGAUCUGUUUCGCCACGACGUCGGUCGUCACGCCCAAGGUCCCGCGCGUCGCGGGUCGUGUCCGCGCGAGUAUCGCCCUGAACGGAUGGGUGCUUGAGCCUAUCGAGGACGGGACGAGGAUCUCGUACUACCUCCACGUCAAUGUUCGCACCUUCAUGCCGUCGUUCGCCGCGACCAAGUACCUCGCUCGCCGCCCGACCGUCAUCGCCCGCAUCGCCGACUACCUCUCGACGCACGGCGCGCCGCCCAUGGUCCCCUACGACCCCGAGCCCACGGCCUACAGCGGCUCGAACGGCGGACAAGGCGGCGAGUUGAACGGGAUGGCGGUCGCCGGCUCAGGCGGCAGCGGCGGCCGUCGCCGCCGCGACUCGGUCUCGAGCAAGCGCUCCUCCCGCAGUACCGGUACCGCCACGAGCGGUGGGGCAGUCGGUCUCCCUCCGCACGUUGAGCUCGUCAAAGACGGCGCGUCGUACGAAGCUGUCCAGACCGCACUCAAGUUGUUCAAGGCGACGCUGUCGCAGGGUAGUCAGGGUGGGUGGAGGACCGCCAAGGACCCGGAUGGGACGAGGAUUUGGAUGAAGGCGAAGGACGGAGCGAGGGGCGAGACGGAGUUGCCGAUCGUCAAGGGCGAGGCGGAGGUUGAGAAUGUCACGACCGAGCAGGUGCUCGGUACGAUCCUCAACGAGUCGGCUAGGAGGAUUUGGGACCCGCGUAUCGACUCGCUUCAGCCUUCCGGCCUCGACAACGGCUUCGACCAGGGCGUCGUCCUCGAGGCGAACAAGGGCAUCUUCCCGAGCGUCAAGCCAUUCCACUACAUCGUCGGAACCGGUGUCGAGCGCGAAGACCCGGCUGACCAGCACGGUCAGAUCCUCUCCGUCUCUCGCUCGGUCGACGCGGAUGUGAAGAAGCCCAAGGGCUCGCAGCUCGGCCAGGUCGACUUUUCCGGCUACCUCCUCGACCCCGCCGCUCCUCACGCCGUCAAGGUCACCCGCAUCGCCCAGCUCGACGUCGCCGGCGCAAAGCUCAACCCGGCCACGUACAAGGUCCUCUCGACCGAGCUUGGUCUCGGUCCGCGCCGCCUCGGCGAGUUCAUCGACGAGUACGGCUUCGCCCCGUCGUUCCUCCGCUGGGGCUCGGGUCCCGCCGAGCUCAUCGGCACCUCGAAGCCUGGCGACGACAUCGUCAACGGCAAGGUGACGUUCUCGAUCGGCGGCGAAGGCAAGGGCACCAUGUCGGACGGCAAGCAAGUCUGCUGGCUCCAGUGGAGCAGCAAGAUGUACCCUCGCGGAAUCGACGUCACCCUCGACCCGCCCGACGUCGCCGAAGUCGCCAAAGUCGAGACGCCCGACGGCCAAGUCAUGCUCGAACUCGCCUGGACCGAGAAGGUCAAGCAAGGUGCGCUCCUCAAGCUCUCGCAGUCCCUCGAGGGAGAGGGUACCGAGGACGUCUACGUCGGUGGCGAGUUCCUCGACAAGACUAUCACGGCUUCGGGCGGACCGGCGCCGAAGCGCAAGGCCAACGCGCCUCCCCAGCCUCAGCGUCGCGCGUCGAGCUCGAACAAUGUCGCCGAGGCGGCUGGCGCUGGCGUUGCCGGUGCCGCUGCGGGUGCAGGUCUCGCCAAGGCCGGUCGUCGUGGCAGUCAGAACAAGGACGGCGCGCGCUCGCCGCCUCCCGUCGACAGCGGCUCUCCUCCGUUCCUCGGCAAGGCGAAGGGCGCAGGAGCCGACGCCGAAGGCAGGAACGCUACGGCCACCUCGUACGCUUCCGAAGGCGGCGCAUCAGCGACCGCUUCGUCCGGCGGCAUCCCUGCCAACGCCAUGCUCAUCAUCAACAAGGACCUCUACUUCACCCAGCAGCAAGUCAUCGUCAUGGUCGCCUUCGUCGCCGCGGCCUACGUCUGGGGCAAGAUGGCGUAG